AGUCCUUAACUUUCCUUAACUUUUCCCAUUCAUUCUCUAUGGUAGUUCUUAUCACUACCGAUGCGAUAUAACUUUGGCCACACGUGGGAUUUUGGGGGCGCUGUUUCCCCCCUGGACACGAGGCAAAGAGACCCGUAUGUUCCCCUUUGAGUGAUAGACGACCUGCAGCAGCACACGCACCUGAGCUUCGCGCAGCAUCUUUUCAUAGUUCUUUUUCGGACCAACAGUUACACCCCCUCCUGCCCUCUUCCUCCCUUCCAUCCUCCCUGACGCGUAUCGUUGCGGUCGGGCCGGCCCAGAUUAUCAGGAGCUGAGAAAACUUUUUGGAAAAGACAGCGAAGGGCCGAACCAACUCGAUUAGGAAGUGCUCCUCUCCCAAAUUGAGUUGGUUGGUUCCAUAAUGGACUGAACCAACUCUAUUAUUUGGGAGGGGUGAACUUCCUCGCAUGGUACAACCCAUGCAGAGGCUGCGGUGUCAGAAUGCGGUACGUGUUUAGCCCACUUUAAGAGAAGAUGGACUAACGUGAAAAAUGUCAACAAAUACAAUCCUCGACCGGCCCAGAAGUGAAGCGGCCCACCGGGAACUCUCCCGAUUCUCCCGAUUACCGACCCCGGGCCUGGUUAGUAUUGAAUGGGACGUAUUUAAUGUAUAUUGUUGUGUGUGUAACGUGGUCAACAUCAACAGGAACUCAUUGACUUGUCUUUAUGAAUAAUAUUAGUUUGAAUGGGUAAUUACUACAGUUCCCCACGUUUAAGAUGGGUUCAAGUUCUAUGACAAGCAGAAUAAAGAAUAAUGUGGAAAACACUUAGUUUUUUUUGUCCGUCUGCCUACAUCUGUGUAAUAAAUGAAGCUGUUACCUAGUUAUUACAAAUGCUCAUCACUGUUAACGUGAGGGACUCUGUCUAUGCGCUGCGUUGUGUUUUGCUGUGCACAGGAGAUGAUGAAGAAGACCACCAACUUCUUCCCAGGCAGGAAGACGUUGUCCUUCAGAAAGGCCCAUCGGGUCAUCUGCGGCAGGAUCCCUCCGAUGAGGCCAUGAGAAUGAAAACUGAUCCCUCGCUUCAGGACAAGUCUCCUGCUCAGCUCCAGCAUCAUGUGAGCACCAAUGCUCUGACCGCGGUCCUUCAGCGGGGAGGAGAUGUGGGGAAAUCAUUCAGAUGGCUCCUCGAAAAUGACAUUGGCUACGUCAUCUACCUUGUGAAAACGGUAGAAGAAGAGGAGAGAGUCGGUAAAUUCAACCCCCAAGGAAACAGCAAGGACAGCCUGCUGUCAUUUCUGGACUAUGCCAGGAGCUUCCAGGAAGUUGAGGACCUGAGGGAGUACCUUUCCUCCAGGAAGCCUGCAUCACCUGUGGCUUCAGAAGGGGACACUAUUGUCGGCUUUGGAGUCAGGGCCAAGGACACCUGGGAGCAGAUCUGGAAGAGCAGGGCUGACGGUUAUGCGGCCUUCAUUCUGGGAGUGAAGUGCAUCAAAAACAGCAAGAUGUCCAACCUGCAGCAGAGGGCUGAGGCCCCCAGCAGCAGUCUCCAGAGCCCCGGAUGUGUCUUCACCAACAGGUUUUUCUCCACCCGUGUGAAGGGAGGAUUCGGUUUUCACCAGAGUCCUCCCUGCCAUUACAUGAUCACGACAUACACGGAUGAACACCCACACACGACCAUCCCACCAUGUGGCUGCUUCCCUGUCAACCCUUCCAACAACCCUGGAUCUGAAGAGCCCCAACACUUCGCUUCUUGA